AAAAACAAAACCCCAUUCUAUUUGGUAGUAAUGAAUACAUUCAGUGAGAUAAAACUCACGGGCGCAGAAAACUUAUACAAUAUACAAUAAAACUACAUAGCGCGGAGAAAAAUAAUAAACUACACUAUCAGUUAACCAAAAGGAACAUAAUCAUAAAUGAAUCUUUUCAAAGUUAUUGCUUUUAUUAUCGUAUCUAGAAAUUGAAACUGACAUCAAUUGUUAGGAAAGUAAAACAAUUAACCGCAAAAAAAUAAUGUAGAUAACUACAAAACUGACAUCAGAACGUUUAUUAGUGUAAAAAUGUCAGACUGCAGAGCGUAGAUUCGCAAAGGAGUGUGUGUGUGUGAGAGAGAGAGACAGAGAGAGAAAUAAUAUAAUGGAGUACUUACAUACAAAUUCAUUUUAUUGUUUAUUGUUUCUAAAAAGAAAGUAACUAAAGAACAUCAAACGAUAAUCUGUUAUUUAUUAAAAGUAAAUCACUCCAGUGGUAACGCAUUUUAUUCCACAGUAAUUUUUAAAAUGUUAACAUCACAGAAAACAGCAGAGACAUAUUAUCACAGUUACAUAUACUUCACGAUAAAUUAAUUAGACCAUGUUGUACAGAAGGUUUCUGGUUAUUACCGUAAUAUUCAUCCAUCUCACCUUGUUCCCGAAUAUUAUUUAUUUCAUACCGACGUUGUUCAUCCUCCAUAUGUGCACAAUAUGAAUAGAUGCCAUACAACACGCGUAAUACAGCACUGCUAUCGCCUGCAACAAUUUCUUCAAGUUUUGCUGGAGGUUCAACCAUACCAGCUGCUUGAAUAAGUUCAAAGGCUAGUUUAACAUUUGAUGUACACAAUUCUUCUGUUGUUGGUGUUGGAUAAUAUGCAUGAAAUGCUACAAAAUAGCCAUCAAUAAGACCCAUUAAAUAGAAUAAGUAAGACACCAUCUGUAAACUAAUGAUCGUAGAAUGAAUAAAAUGGGAACAUUUCCUUCAGUUAAUUAUAAAACUAAAGAAAAUAGAUUUUACAAAACUGUGUAACUCGAAAACCAACCAGAGAGUCGUACAAUACACUAAUUUAAAUUUAUUAGGUUACAGAUACAUGUAUCAUCUGUAUAAAAAACUUUGGUGUGAACCAAUAACAUCAGUCAAUCAGUCAGUCAGUCGGCUACAACGUAGGACCAGGCACAUAUAUGCAUCGAUCCAAGUUGCCAUACCGCAUUAGCACAGCAAGAUGAACACCGGAUUCAUAGGAGUAGUUAAGUCAAUAGUGGCAAUAUAUGAAAGAUUGCAUAUAAGGAUAUAGUACAGGAAGAAAGAUUUAGUACAUAGAAAGGAAGAUAUGAAGCGAUUUUAAUCUCUUAGUUUAAGGGAAGACAGACAGUGUAUACACCGACGCCACUGUGAUCGAUUCUGAGCCAUCUCACCAAGAGUCUACAACCAUUGGUUACGAUAGUCACGUGGACCCUAACUGAGUAGUCUGCAUCUACCAACAUGGCUCAGACCAGAUGUUAGUGUCUUCAAGCACUAAUGCCACGUUUUGGUUUGGCCACCCCUAACUUUCUUCCAACCAUCCCCAACACCCGUUAGCAUUGCACGUCGUGGUAAUCGGUGUUCAGGCACACUCAACACGUAGCCCAACCAUCUCAGUCGAUGAAGACUCACAACCUCAUCAACUGAUUUACCAUACCCUAUCUAACCUCACUGUUACUUACCCGGUGAUACCAGCAGAUGCAAGCAAUAUUUCUAAGACAUCUGUUUACUUAUUUAUUUAUUUAAACAUAUAAACAUUAGUACAAGGAGGCACCAAGUAGAUAUGCGUCAUAAUGUCACACCAACAUCAAUGGUGGUCGGCGAAAAGUUUCACAACAGCGAUCAUAAAAUAGUCCUCUGCACCAUUCCGAUUCUUGCCAUAUGCAACAAAUUAAAGACAUUAAACACGCGAUUCCAAUAUAGAGACUAUGCAAACGCUGACUGGGAAAACUUUCGAUUUCUAAUAAAGCACUCUGACUGGGGCAGUUUCUUUACCAGUAAUAACCUCUUAGAAACAUUAGAAAUAUUCAAUAUCACCACCAAAUCUGCACUAGACACUACUAUACCCUCUAAAAUUGGUUUUAAAACAAUUACUCCCUAUGUAAACUAAAAGACUAGGUCUAAACUACGAAAACCGAAAAGGAUGUACUAAAUAUAAAAGACUUCAGUGCCCUGCACCAGAUAUACUCUGUACUUGACGGAGUACAAAGUCAACACAACAAGCAUAAACAGGUAGAGGAACGUACUGCGCUCGCUGCUGCAUCUAAAGCCCAAGCCCUAUGUCGUCUCCUCACGAAACGCAUAAGAAAGAACACAGACCAUAACAUUCACUCCUUACUGCACGAUGGAGUAACGUAUAAUGACCAAACCGUCAUAUGUGAACUAUUAAGUGAAUGGUUUCCUCACAAUCGGAAUACAUCUGAUGCUCCAGAUAUCGACAUAAAGUGCACCGGCAAAAACUAUCUUAGUACCAUAAACUUCGACAUUAGGAGUAUACAUACCGCCAUUAAAACCCUUAAGCCAAAUGCGAGUUCUGGUGCCGAUGAUAUCCCUUCAAUCGUUUAUAAAAUGUCAGGACCGGACAUACAGACGCUACUACUCAAAAUAUACACAUUAUCUUUAGAGACAGGUACAUAUCCGGAAACCUGGAAGGUAACGUAUGUUCUUCCCAAACACAAAUCCGGACCGAGAAACCUGGUUGAAAACUACAGACCUAUAAAUAUCACUCCAGUCAUAUCACGCAUAAUGGAAAAAGUGAUACAAAAUCAACUAUCUGAUCACCUACUCAAGGAACAUCUAAUAGACCCGUCACAACACGGCUUCAUUAGAACAAGGUCGUGCAGUACAUGCCUGAUAGACUUCUUUAACGAGGUUACUCGUAUACGUGACCAGAAGAAACUAGUUAUCAUACUAUACCUCGAUAUUAAGAAACCCUUUGAUAAAGUACUUCAUAAUCUUCUAAUCAACAGACUUAAGUCAGUUGCAAUUAUAAAUCCCCUUUUGCAAUGGAUCAAGUCUUUCCUUACGAACAGAUAUCAAAUAAAUAACAUUAACUCUAAAACAUCUACACCUCGAGCAAUAACCAGUGGUGUUGUGCAGGGUAGUGUCUUGGGUCCAUUGCUCUUUAUAAUCUACAUCAACAAUAUAUGCAAGUGUUUUAGCACAGGUAAGACCUACCUCUAUGCCGAUGACUUAAAAGUCAUCUAUAAAACUGACAUUUGCGAUUUACGCGGUACUAUGCAAACAAUCCAACAUGAACUCAACAUGGUAGACAACUGGUGCAAACGCUGGAGGUUAGAGCUCAACACAGAGAAAUGAGGCUGGUUAUGUAUAGGAGACACAUCUCUUAAAAUGAAACACUUAGCAAUCACACACUGCCCAGACUGGCAUCAGUAACUGACCUAGGGGUACAUUACUCACACAGUCUUAAUAUCUCUGAACACAUCUCAGCCAAAGCAUCCAAAAUGCGGAAAUCCCUUGGCUUUAUUCUCCGUAAUUUCUAUCAAAAUGAAUCUAAAAUCCUUCUUUACAACAACUAUCCUACAAUAUACCCUUCUUAACGCUUAUACUCCGAUUGGCAAACUAUACUUUAUACUAUAGUCAACAGAGGCACUGCAUCGAUGCUUUACCCACAGUCCAUAGCUUGUAACUGCCUGAUAAGCUUGUAAAAUGGUACUAAUAGAAAUAGUGCUUUCCAACAGGUUGUGAAACAGAGGAUUGUGUGAGGUAUGACGUAUAUACAAAAAUAAGCCUAAAUGAGCCUAACAUUACAAAAGGAGGGAGGGUGGAGUUACUGACCAGCAAGCAUUGAUGGUGAGGGCGAUAACUUUAAUCCACCCGUGUUUGCGGGGACAGAACAUUUUGUAUGUAUCAGGCUCCUCAUGAUUGAGAAUAAGUCAGUCAAUCUGUGAUAUAAAUUGUCUUCCUACGCUCACCACUCAGACUCAUGUUUCCAAUAUUAUGCUGGAUUAGCUAUUCUACUAAGACAACCUAUAACAUGCUAACUCGAACUUUCACACAAGGAUUGUGUAGCUGGCAUCGGACAGACGAAAAAAUAAAAAAAAUUAGACAACAAAAUAUAUAGUCAUUAGUAUUCUUAACACUUCACCCUCUAUAUACACACCCUCCUAAUAAACCGCUUCCCUUGUACCAACCUUGACUUCCCUUCCUUCAUGUGAGCUUACUCCAACUUGUUAAACGCCACAACUCAUUGUUCUUCAUUAGUACAUUCUCUAAUAUGGAGCCUCUGACUUCACUUCAUUCUAACAAGACAUAAUAUGAAUUUAUUCUAAUUUAUUAUACCUCUGCCCGUUCUACUACACAAUGUUAAGCAACGUUUGGCGUUCAUAUCCAAGUGCCUUGCUGCUCUUCUGUUUCUCUUUUUUUUCUUCAGAAUCUUGCUCUGAGAGCACAGCUAUGAAACUUCUGACGUUUGGAACAAACUUGACGUACGCGUCCUCUCAAGGUCAUAGUUUACAGC